AUGGGUCUUGGGGUGCUGGAAGAUACGAAGCUUGCCCAUGUUCCAGGCACUUCUGAUAUCUACGAACAAAACAACGAUGCGAGCGACCAGAUCCCAGGCGCCUCAGGCCUCAAAUGCGAUUGGUCGGGCAGCCGGCCGAUAAUCCUCGUCCCGCAACCGAGCGAUGACCCAAACGACCCAUUGAACUGGCCGUUAUGCCGACGCGAUAUGAUCCUUGCUAUCCUCUCAUCCGUAAGCAUCCUUUGCACAACCGUAAGCUCCAUCCUAGCCGCAAAUACAGUUACCAUCGCAGAUUAUGAGGAAAUCACGUUCACAACAGCCGCUCUAUUGACGGGAUAUCACCUCUGCGGUGUCGGUGUGGCGGGCAUUCUCAUUGUGCCAACGGCUCGAGUCUGGGGUAAACGUCAUCUAUUCCUGAUCGGGCAUGUCUUGAUGAUCAUCAGCUGUAUCUGGGCAGGGGUUAGUUGUAAGAACAAGAAUAGUCUCAUGUGGGCACGGAUAUUCCAGGGUGUUGCACUGGCGCCGUUUGAGGCGUUGGUCAAUGCCUGCGUUGGGGAUCUUUAUUUCGUUCAUGAACGAGGGAAGCGAAUGGCUGUAUCCAAUGUCGCACUGUUUGGCGCGGCCUUCCUGACUCCCGUUGUGGUAGGCAAGAUCACCAAGUCCAUGGGUUGGCAGUGGUCUUUCUACUUUGUGGCAAUUUUCCUAAGUGUUUCAUUGCCAUUGAUGUUAUUUUUUGUCCCUGAAACUGCUUUCCGGCGUUCUGAUUACUUGAAUACCGACUUCAAGCGAAGCAGCGAGCAUGGCGAGUCCAUGGAGUCUCAUGUUUCGCUCAGUGGAGCUUCCACUGAUGGUACUAGGGAGCCCGGACCAGGCUCCAACGGUCUGAACGGAAGCUCGAAGGCCGAAGCCACAAUAACAGUCUCUGAGAAAUACUCCUUCGCUCAGUUGCUUAGGCUUUUCGAUGGACGAAUGACAGAUGAAAGCUUCUUCAAGCUGCUCCUUCGUCCAUUCCCGUUGUUCUUCCAUCCAGGCAUCUUCUGGGCUUGUCUGAUCCAAGGUGUUGUCAUUGGAUGGACGGUCUUCGUCGGUGUGGUUCUAGCAAUUGUAUUUCUGGGACCGCCUAUGUGGUUCGAGGAAGACAAAACUGGAUAUCUUUACACAGGUGCCUUCAUCGGUUCUGUUGUGGGCCUCAUCCUGUCUGGUCUGCUUUCUGAUUCCAUGAACAAGUUGAUGGUCCGGCUCAAUCGCGGCAAAUACGAGCCUGAAUUCCGGAUCUUAUUGGUGGUCCCCCAGCUCAUUUUCUGCGGCAUCGGACUCUACGGGUUCGGAUGGACCGCAGAUGAUGCGAUGCAAUAUAGCUGGCUGCUACCAGAUGUCUUUUUGGCAUUCUUGAUCGUCGGCAUGGUGAUGGGAGCCGUUGCUGCUUCACUCUACAUCGUCGAUGCUCAUCGCGAGAUUGCCAUUGAGGCUUUUACUUGCAUGCUUGUUUUCAAAAACAUGCUCAGUUUUGUUCUGACAUUUUUCGCCUACAAAUGGUUUGCUCACGGAGGAAUCAAACAUACCAUGAUCAUCAUCGGUAGCAUUCAAGUGGGCAUCUGUCUAUUGAGCAUCCCCAUGUAUGUCUUUGGGAAAUGGAACCGGUCUUUCUUUGCCCGUCAUGACAUCCUCGAGAUGCUUCAUCUCCGUUGA